CCAAUUUUCCACCAAUCGCUAUGGUGCAACACCGAUUCCUUUUCCUAACGUAUCCGGCUCAAGGCCACAUCAACCCGGCCCUCCAAUUAGCAAAGCGCCUCAUCCGCAAUACCGGCGCUCAAGUCACGUACGUCACCAGCCUCUACGCCUAUCGACGCAUAGUCAAUGGCUCAACUCCUAAUGGAUUGACCUACGCGCCCUACUCCGACGGCUACGAUGACGGCUUCAAAUUUAGUGAUGAUGUCGACCACUACAUGUCGGAGCUUAGGCGUGCCGGAUCACAAGUCAUCACCGUUCUUGUUGCGUCUAGUGCAAAAGAGGGCCACCCCUACACUUGCCUAGUGUACACAAUACUUCUUCCCUGGGCCGCGGACUUGGCCCGUGAGCUUCACCUCCCAUCCGUUCUUGCUUGGAUUCAGGCAGCCACUGUUUUCGACGUGUACUACUAUUACUUAAGCGGUUACAAAGAUCUCAUCCGGGAAAGCUUUUGUACUGACACUAAGGACUCUUCAUGUUCAAUACAAUUACCAGGACUGCCACUAGACCUCGCCAGCCGUGACCUUCCGUCCUUCAUGGUGGCUGAAAAUUCGUAUAAUUUCGCUCUCCCUUUGUUUGAAAAACAAUUCGAGCUUCUCGAGAGAGAAACGAAGCCAAUCAUUCUGGUGAACACGUUCGAUGCACUAGAGCCUGAGGCCUUGAAAGCAAUUGACAAGUACAAUUUGAUUGGAAUCGGACCAUUGAUUCCAUCUGCUUUCUUGGACGGCAAGGAUCCUUCUGACACGUCGUUCGGUGGUGAUCUUUUCCAAAAAUCAAUGGACUCCUCGUGCAUCGAGUGGCUGAACUCGAAACCCGAAGGGUCCGUGAUUUACGUGUCGUUUGGAAGCAUUUCCGCUUUGUCAAAGGAUCAAAUGGGGGAAAUCGCCAAUGGGCUGUUGGAUUACGGGCGCCCGUUCUUGUGGGUGAUUAGAGAAAAAGAAGAAAGAAAUGGACAAGACAACGAGGCCGAGAAAGAAGAGGAGAGAUUUAGCUGUAGAGAGGAACUGGAAGAGCUUGGGAAGAUAGUGCUAUGGUGUAGUCAAUUAGAGGUUUUGUCAAAUCCUUCACUGGGUUGUUUUGUGACACAUUGUGGGUGGAAUUCAAGCAUGGAGAGCUUGGUUUCCGGGGUGCCUGUCGUGGCGUUUCCUCUGUGGACGGAUCAAAGGACCAAUGCCAAGUUGAUUGAGGACACGUGGAAGACUGGGGUAAGGGUGGCACCAAAUGAGGAGGGGAUUGUGGUGGGUGAGGAGCUUAAGAGGUGCUUGGAAUUGGUCAUGGGAAGUGGGGAGAUUGGUGAAGAGUUGAGAAGAAAUGCUAAGAAAUGGAAAGGUUUGGCAAGAGAGGCUGUGAGUGAAGGUGGGUCUUCUGAUAAGAAUCUCAUGGCUUUCUUGGAUCAAAUAGGAAAUUAAAUGUACUUUCUUUUAACAACUGAAAAAUAUGUAAUUGUCAACUUUGCUAUAUAUGCAAAUAGGAAUUGAAUAACUUAUCCAAUUUGGUCA